ACAACACAACGGCGAGGCCAGUCUACAGAAAACAUCAUUGAUUUCAAGAACUUUUAAGGUCCUCUUUGUCUUCCAAUUAUUUACCAAUUGAGCCCAUCUCGUUGUCAGCUGUGGUCUCUCUGGCACUUUCGGUUUGCUGAAUCUGGCGCUUUCGCGCAGUCCUUCCACGGUAGUCUUGCUUAAGAAAUCUCCGUGUAAAACCGAUAAUCAUGCCUGAGAUUGGCGAAGUCGCUCGCAUUGUAUCCUACCUGAGGAAAUACCUCGUCGGAAGGACAAUCUCAGCUGUCAAAGCCCAAGACGAUCCCAUAGUUUUCGGAAAAGUCGGCACGUCUGCUUCUGAAUUCAAAGAUGCAAUAACCGGAAAGAAAGUCAUAGAUGCUGGGCAGCAAGGGAAAUACUUCUGGCUCACAAUGUCGUCUCCGCCGCAUAUCUGCAUGCAUUUCGGAAUGAGCGGAUGGAUCAAAUUCUCAAAUGAUGACACAUCUUAUUACAAACCGACAAAGCCGGAAGAAAACGAAUGGCCUCCAAAAUACUGGAAGUUUAUAUUACAGCUCAAGGAAGACCCAGAUUGCGAAGUAGCAUUCAUUGAUGCUCGGAGGCUGGGCCGUGUGCGAUUGAUUGAUUGUGACGCAGCCAACAUAAGAAAAUCUACGCCUCUAAAAGAGAACGGUCCCGACCCGGUCAUCGACAAGGACAUCCUGACCCUUGAGUGGCUUACCAAGAAAAUGCGGAGCAAAAGAGUUCCCGUGAAAGCUCUGUUAUUGGAUCAAGCUAACAUUAGCGGUGUUGGCAACUGGGUCGGGGACGAGAUUCUUUAUCACGCCAAAAUCCAUCCAGAACAGUACAGUAACACUUUCAGCGACGCGCAGCUGAAGCAAUUACACACUUCCUUACUUCACAUUUGCUCGGUGGCUGUAGAGACCGGGGCCGAGUCUGGCAAGUUUCCGGAAGAUUGGUUGAUGAAGCACAGAUGGGGUAAAGGGAAGAAGGACAAGGACAGACUUCCCAACGGGGAGAAGAUUGUUUUCCUCAAGGUCGGUGGCCGAACCAGCGCUGUAGUGCCGAGUGUGCAGAAAAAGACAGGUCCAGUUGCUGGCGAUGUCACUGGGAACAGCUCAAGCGGGCAGCAAAGUCCCAAGGAAGAGGAGGAGUCAGCAUCGGAGGAGGAGAAGAAAACUUCCAAAGCCGCUAAAGCUUCAAAAGCGACUGCAUCUAAGAAACGAGAAGCAACCGUAAAGAAGGAGAGCGAUAACGCCAAAACAAAGCGAAAGGGUCCCGUGAAGGAAGAGGAAGAGAAUGACGAAGACCAGACAAAAGCGAAGAAGGCGAAGACGUCCGCUGCCAAAGGACCCAAGGAAGAAGCGCCCGGAAGGCGGAGGUCUGCUAGAGUGAGCGGCAGAGGAAAUUAAGAUGACCGGGUAGAGCCAAGCCCAUAUUUUCUUUACUUUCCAUGCCAGUAGGUAGUCGGUUCAUGCUUCGUUCGGCUGAAUAUUUCACUGGAGAUGUUUAGUAUAUCUUUCUGUCAUGGUAUAAUUAUCAUCUUAUACGACUUUCAUUACCUUAUUCGACCUAAUCUUUUGUAAUAAAGGAACAUCGGAA